GCCCAAAGUCAACAAGUCAACAAGUCAACAACAGGCCGAUUAUCGUCCCUACAAGUGCUCCUUGAACCCAAUUGAGCAGUCGCCCUGCAAUGCUCGUUCUCUCGACAGCAAAAGCGAAAUGCGGCGACUCAAUCGCUACCGACACCUAAGGUGCUUUUACUGCGGGCGCAAGACGUCAAAACGCUACGACGGCAGAACCCGCCAAUUCGACUGUCCGAGCUGCGACGCUACCAACUAUCUAGACGAGGACGGCGAAAUCGCCGACCCGCCCGUGGCAACAGACCAAGAGGGCAUACCCGCAAGACAUUUCUACGCCCCGGUACCGCGCGCCUCAUCCCCUCCGUCUGGCGAUUCAUCCGACAGCAACUCCAUAUUCUGCGAAACAUGUCUCAAGAACCAGCACAUGCUGAGCGCAUCCCUCGCGCAGUACCUACCCGACCCGGACGACCCAGAGUACGCCGAGCGAGAAGCGGGGCUGGCGCAGUUCCGCAAGAACCAGGAGCGCCUCUACCCGCAGAUCUGCGCCGACUGCGAGCCGAAAGUGCGCCGGCGCCUCGAGCAGGCCGCGUACACGGCUAAAACGGAUGUGCUGCGCCGCAUGAUUGACCGGAGUGCGAGCGCGAGAAAGAGCGUCGGGUCGCAAAGGUGGCUGAGACUCCUCCAUUCGACGGGCAGGAGGCUCUGGAUCGGCGGCUUCGUGCUGCAGUUUCUGUGGCACGCUGUCAUUGUGCACGCGCUGGUUUCGGCGUGGUUCGAGUGGGCGGGCGCUGACGACGCCUGGACUACUUACCAACUCUCGAGGAUGUGUGCGCCGCUCAUCGGCAUGCUUCCGUCCGAGGAGCGACUGCUCCGAUGGAGUACGCUUUCUAGUGUUCUCGGGGCUUGGUGGAAUCCGCAGUUUGCCCAGGUAUUUAAGGGCACCAGGCAUAUUGGCGGGCUAUCCGUAUGGUACGCCCUCCAAGCCGUCACCGUCGUCGCCCGUCUCUGCCUGCAAUGGGCGUCUAGUCUCACAACGCCGGAUCCCCUUCUGCUUAAGGAGCAGACCGCCGGCCACACCAUAGCCGCGGGCGUUACACUUCUCAUCUUAAUCCUCGCUCCCUACUCCAUUUCAACCAACCUCAUCCCUCUCUUCAACCCCUCCUCUCAACCACUCACCCACCUCACUCCCACCUCACAAACCACCCCUUCCCGCAGUGAAUCCCGCCCAGACGAAGCCAAAUCCCUCUCCGAACUCCUCGACGAGAUCCACCACUCCCCCCUCCCCUCCGCAACCCCCCCAAGCCCGAUCUCCACCGUCCCCCACUCCCCAACCCUCUCCCACAGCUCCCUAUCCUCCUCCCCGGACGACUCCCACUCCCCCAACUCACAACCCACAAUGAUGGGCCACGUCCACCGCCUCGCCUCCCAAACCUUCACCUCCUCUCUCCAACACCUCAACUCGCUACACCUCUCCAGCCCCCGCCUCCGGCCCGGCACAGUCGGCGACGAAAUGGACUGGUCCCCGACCCCGGAGGCCACAACCACCCCUGCGCCGGGGAGCAACGUGCGAGGGUUUACCGCCGCAGAGUUGGGUGCGAGAUCAAAAUACCGCGCGUUUAAUACGAUAGGGCAGAGAGAGGCGGAACGGUUUGGGGCUGCGCCUGUUAGUGCUGAUCAGGGAAAAAAUGGGGGUGGUGGGAGGCCGUUUUGGUACCGGGUUCCUCCGGCGCCGACCACGCCGGCGCAGAGGCUGUAUAAUCCGCCGAAUCGGCCGGGGACGUUGAGGAGUAGUCCCCUUGCUGUUGCUGGAAAUAGUGGGGGGGCUGGGCAGGUUAGGUUUCGUGGGGCGGAGGGGACGAUGGUGGUUAGGGAGGGGGGAGGGAGUCAGGUGGAGUUUGCGGGGCCAAGGCUCUUUGCCGAACAGGUUGUGAAGCCGAUUUUGAAAUCGAGUGGGGGUGGGGGGAGGGAUGAUCCGAGGGAUGGGUUGUUGGGGAUGCUUGAUGAGGGGCUUAGCUUUGAUGAGGAUAGGCAAGAUUUGGUGGAGGCAAAGGGGAGGGAGGGCGGGUGGCUUACGAGGUUGGUACGUGGCUGA